AUGAGCAUCUAUGUACUAACCGCUGUCGUCGACCGCCUUCCACUACCGCAAGCUAGCAGUCGUCCCGGUGAUGCUGUGGAUGACCCACAAAUCGGCCACGAAGGUCUGGCAUACGCCGUUUUCCCUGGUGCGGAAAAGCUGAAAACAGAGACCGCGGGCAAAGAAGGAGAGCGGUCGAUGAGUCUUGCACAAGCAGCUCACAGGACGGUAACUAUCAGGUUGUAUCCAAGCAUCGAUACCGGCGCCGGACCUCUCAGUGCUCCUCCGGACCACUUUCGGUACGAUUUACAGAUCCCGCUUGCCUAUACAAUCUUCCAUACAGGUCGACCAGCUAUGAUGUCAUUCACGAAGUUCAGCAAGCCGAAAGGACCGAAGGAAUUCUCUCUUGAGACUGUCGACGUUAAGCAUGCAACGGUCAAUAUGAUAUGGCCGAAUGCCGAAGACUUCUCCGAUGCGUCUGACGCGGUAGCCUUUUCGCUGCCAUUGGUUCCAAUCACUCGUAGCAGAAGGAUUGAAGCUGGAAUAGGAAACAUCGUCCGUCGCGUUUCAGAUGCAGUCGAUGGGACCGGUAGUAUACCAGCUUCACAGGAGCUUGAGCAAGCCGUAUCUGCCUACUUCAAAGCCAAGGAGAUUCCUCCGCAUGCUAUGACUGUCUGGGCACUUGUAUACCCAGCCGCCGCCAAGGAUAGUGAAAAGCUUCGGGGUCUUGUAUCAACGGGGGCAUCGUCCGCAAAAGCAGACAUUGUAGAGGGGUCUGUACCAGACUUCAUCCGAUCCUCCCUGGGAUCACCUGCAUCGGAGUGGAGUUCUUACAUCUGGACUGCCCUAAAGGAAGGGGCUCGUUUGCACCGGGUGCUUAGCGGUGGAGGCGGUUGGGGCAAGAAAGCAGGACUCCUCUCCUUGGAUCCCGACAGUUCUUACAGUGCUUCGUCUGCCAGCGUUGACGACGCCGACUUAUCCGGAAGCAAUUUUGCGAUGGAUGAGAAGCAAGCCCUUGGCGAAGUAUCUAAACCGGGCGACUACAUACAGUUCUUCGCCAUGCAGGAUGAACCUGCGUAUGCAGAGCCGACAUCAAACGCUUCUAUGGACGAUCACGUGGUGUCCCAACGGUCGCUUCAUUUCGGUACCAUACCCAGCAGCAUCGACCUUAUUCCCGAAGAUCCCGGCACUGCCAGCCUUGCAUCGGGGAAACCUACCCUACAAAUAUUCAAAAACCAUUUUGGCGCUCUGUCUGAAACGGGCAUGGGCAUCGUCAUAAAACGCCGCAUGCUCAUCCAACAACGCCGACCCAAACGUAAUAUCGUUCUGGAUGAAGAGAGGACCAAUACCAAGAUCGACGUGCCUUUCUCGACUUUCCGUAUGCAGACCGCAGGUCAGUCCCCCAACUUCCAGAAAGGAGGCAAUGACGGCGAAUCUAAAGUCCGCGGUGGCACCGUUCUAUCCACGGCGCGUCCCGAGUACUCCAGCAUAUGCGAGGAGGUACAGCAGUACAUCGACGUGCCGAUGCCGGUCACUAUUCAUAGAAAGGUUCAGACAGACAGCAACCACAUUCGACGUGUACGUUCAGGAACAAAUGUACAUACCCUUCAGCAGAAAUCAUUGCAAAAUCCAGCAACGACUUGCCUCCCUAAAGGCACGACAAAAGUGGGAACUGCCCAACCCUCUCAAUCCCAGCGCAAAGAACCAUCAAAGCUGGUUCGAUACGAGCUGAUUGACGCCGCAAAUGAGGACCAGCACAAGCAGGAUAUGACUUUAAAGCCAGCAUUGACCUCUUUCCAAUCACUACCCACCGCUCAGGAUCAACAGAGUGGAGUGCGGAUCACGAAGCAUGCUAUGCCUAUGCUGUCAAGACGUGCAUUUGUACGCCAAAGAAACCGUAGCCAGCGUCAUGAUUCGGAUUCUGCCACGCUCGACACACCAACAGAAGCACGUGUCCGUCAUCUCAUGACCUCUCCCAGCGCUGCGGAGCUCCAAAGAAAGGCCCACGCCGACCAAGACCGAUUGCGCAGAAAGAGACUUCUGAUAGCCCAGCAAGCCUAUCUCUCGGACCAUGCUGAAUUCGAUCCUACUGUCACCACCCCGGCUCCUGCACCAGCCGAGAAGCUCAUCCAUUUCUAUAGAUCUAAUUCCAGCCGUUUCCCGCUGCCGCGGAUCAGGAAGCACGGGGUAGACCCGCCGCCCGCCGAGGAAGCUGUCGGGAUGGGGCACAAUGCGCCAGGGACGCCACCUAUUGCUCGUAGGAGGGGCAGACUGCGAGUUCGCACAAUGGAAAUGGGCCUCCGUAUCCGCGCUCACGAGUCUUUAACGACGUUCCCGAGACGUAUCCAGAGUACGCCUGGCAGGGGCAUCGCAGAGCUGAAGGCGAGGCGGGCCAAGGCGGCGGAGGAGGCGUGGGCGGUUUUGACGGGGGCGAGGGAGGGGGAGGGGGAGCCUGCUGGGCAGAGCGCGUGGGAGAUGAUGGGCGGUGGGGAGGGAAGGAGUGGUGCGUUGCCCGUUGGUGAGGAGGCGAGAGAUAGGAGCCGAGGGAGGCGUACAGCAGGACAGGGGGCGGAUGAGGUGGAGGAUUUCAUGGCAUUGAAGGAGAGGAGGAACGACGAAUUUCCUCGAGCUCCAGAUGGAGCUUCCAGGUUUACAGGGUUGAAGGAAGGCAAGAACGACGACUUGCCUCUUGCGCCGGAAGAGCCCGAGAACAACACUGCCCGACGUGGAGGGCGGAAGAGGCCGAUCGUGGUGAGGAAGACGCAGAGUACGAGGAGUUUGGAUCCCGAGGCUAGACUGCUGGCGGACAGCAUUGAUGCGCUGUUGAAAGGGGUUUGA